GCUCCCGCGCCUGCCCGCCGCCUGCAAGCCCACAGCCCUCUGCACUCGCCAUCCCCGGAGCCCAGGCGCCGGGCCCCGGCCUUCUGUUGGUUCUCGCGAUCGCACUGAGGGCCUGGGAGGCCUCUCUGAGCUCCCUGCGCGGAGCAACACACACACCCUGCGGCAAAAAGGCCGCGUAGGAUUUUGUUCCGGGGGGAGCCCGGAUCAGUCGGCUUGCGCACCAGCUCCACGCAGGCCUUUCUUCCUGCCUGUGGCAGCCGGGAUCCUCGGCGUCCGAACCCCGAGGCGCCCCGAAAGACCAGUAAAGAAGCACUAUCCAGGCACCAGGGUCUCCUCCGCCCACUCCCGGGAGUUGGAGGCGGGGGGCGCCGUGAGAGCAAGCCCCAGGCCCGCGCCAAGCCGGCUGUUGCGAAACGUGGCGGAGGCGGAGAGCGGAGGGAAAGAGAAGAUCGCGGGACUGGAGCCCUGUCGGCAGGGAUUGAGCGAUUCAAGGACAUCUUGAGAGAGAAAGCCUGGAAACUGAGCUCUCGCCGGUUCUGGGACUCCUGACGUAGCCGGGACAAAAUUCCUUCUUCAUUACAGCUCCAGCCGGGCUGGUUCCUUACUCUUCUCUCCUCAAACGGGUGAAGAGGCGGGUGAGGAGCGCAGCCGGACCCUAACCAUUUAUCAACCCUGGCCUUCUUUCUCCAAGCCUGACCAGAGAAACCUGAGUGGGCCUACGGGGAGAGGUGUUGAGGGGGGUCUCCGGAGGGAAAAAAUCCGCCAGAGUUUUCCAGGCCCUUCAGAUUCCCUCCAGCACCCCCACCCUCGCCACCAGCGCCUCCACCAGUGAGGAGGGGGCCUUCUGGCAGGGGCGGAGAUUUCCUGGGAAGAAGCAGGCGGGAAAGUAUGAGAUUUGGGGCUACUGGGGAAGAGGAUGGGGCCGAAUGGCUGCAGAUACCCUGCGAAGGCUACCCAGGCGCCUGCCCUGCCCACCUCCCAGUCCGCCCCAUUCCUCUUGGUAGCUCAGAAAUUGCUCUCCUGUGGAUCUUAUGGAUUCAGGUCCAUGGAAAGCCUGGCCCAGAGACCUUUUCUCCAAAGGUCACAAAACGGGCCUUUUCCUCUGCCAUGCUCACAUAAUAUUUGUGGAGGCUUCAAUCUUGCUUCUGCAUGCCCUCAAUUAACAUCUAUUUUCUGUCUAAAGCCUCUGGCAUAGGUACCACAUAAGGAUCUCACACAGGGAGACAGAGCAGUCUUCUAGACCAUUGUCUGCUCUGGCCGUGUCCACGCACACACUUGAAAAUUGCCUUGUUGCCACUCUGGGGACCGUAGCAUGGUGAGGUCUAGCCAACUCCACCUGGCUCCUCACCUCCAGAUCCAUCCCAGAGAGCCCGGAGCACCCUCAGCUUCAUGACCCCACUAUCUUGUUCUGACCACUCAGGAUCCCUCCUCCUGGGCGUCCUGUCUACCUCUCCAGAGGCUAAUUCUACUUUCUCUUGCUGAUAGGCACCUCUUCAGCAGUAGUGGGGCCUUAGGGCCUGCGAGGGACUUCUACCUUUGGUUUAGGGAACCUAAGUUAAACCCCUAAGGGUCUCCAGCCUGGACAUGGACCACCCUACCUAACUAAAUCUCCUUUCCUCAGCCAUUUUUGAAGAUUGGAAGACCCUGGCGGUUGGGAGAACGGGGCUAUUCAUUACAAAAAGCACUCUGUGCAUUAUAGGUGGGGCCUCAUCUUUUCCCAAUUUUAAAUAGAAUUUAAAAGGCUAGCUCAGAGGUUGCUCCAACAACCAGCUUCUCCUUCACAGUGUAGGAAAUUCAGCUACCGGAAAGCAAGCUGGUGCUCCAGGAUGCAAUUCCCCCAUAUAGGCACCAGGUGUCGCUGUGGGCUUGUUGUCCCGGCUACCCCCAAUUCCAAGAACCAUUUUUUUUCCUCCCCCUUCCUUCUUUCUCACUCCCUCUCCCCCUUGGUUGGGCUUUGCCAACAUAUCGAGAUGCGUUUCGCCGGCUUCCAUCACUAACCUCCCGGAGGUCAUCAAGCCAAAUUUAUGAGUGGCCGCUCGAGUCACGUGACUCUAUUUAAGGCUCCCUUAUUUGGGAAGAGCGCAUAGGAUAAAGAAAGAGAUAUCUCCACCUAUAAAUUGUGCACUUUGGAGAACAAAAAACCCCUCAACUUCAAAGAGUCACAAAUCACCCUUAAUCAAAAAGGGUGCAGAAAUUUUUUGGGCCCUCCCCGCCAUGAGCUCCUACGUAGCCAAUUCAUUCUAUAAGCAGAGCCCCAAUAUCCCUGCCUAUAACAUGCAAACUUGUGGGAACUAUGGAUCGGCCUCAGAGGUGCAGGCAUCCAGGUACUGCUACGGCGGAUUGGACUUAAGCAUCACUUUCCCACCGCCUGCGCCUUCCAACUCUCUCCACGGGGUAGACAUGGCUGCCAACCCCCGGGCUCACCCCGACCGCCCCGCCUGCAGCGCCGCGGCCGCUCCGGGACACGCUCUGGGCAGAGACGAAGCGGCUCCUCUGAACCCCGGGAUGUACAGUCAGAAGGCGGCUCGCCCGGCGCUGGAGGAGCGAGCUAAGAGCAGUGGGGAGAUCAAAGAGGAGCAGGCGCAGACAGGGCAGCCCGCCGGACUGAGCCAGCCACCGGCCCCGCCACAGAUUUACCCGUGGAUGACCAAACUGCACAUGAGCCACGAGACGGACGGCAAGCGGUCCCGAACCAGUUACACGCGCUACCAGACUCUGGAACUCGAGAAAGAAUUCCACUUUAACCGCUACCUCACUCGCCGCAGGCGCAUAGAGAUCGCCAACAACUUGUGUCUCAAUGAGAGACAGAUCAAGAUCUGGUUCCAGAACCGCAGGAUGAAGUGGAAGAAAGAUUCCAAAAUGAAAAGCAAAGAGGCUCUUUAGACGCAGCGGGGCAGGCCCGCAGAGCGCGCCCCUAGCUGGUUCUGGUCCCUGCGCCUUUCCUUUUCGCCUUUCCUCUCUCUAUAUUUCGGGGCGAGGGCAGGUGCUGGAGCACUGGGCUCCCGGACCUCACAGACAAAAGCGCUUUUCCUUGGCAUUACGCAUCCCUACUGACCCAGGGUUCCCGCGGGGCUGCCCGCGCUGCCCCCAUCUCCCCUCAGCUCGGCUCAACUCGGUACCCGAGGCCCAGGGCAAGCUCCGUAGGCCUUCCCCGGAGGGCUGCGGCGUACAGGCUGGCGCUGAACGAACCUUGGCCUGGGCCGUCUCUCCGACUCUUAGCCUCAGCGCGGCCCUCCCGAGUUAAGGUGGGCCCGGCCCGCGCCACAGGACCCUCGCCCAACCCUCUAGCCUCGCCCUCUCCUUUGUUCCCGGCUGGACGGGUUAGACAGCCGCAGGCUGGCGAGAGUCUGGCCCCAGACUCGGGGUGCUUCCUUGUAGCGACUAAACUAGAUUUUCACUUGUAAAUGAUUUGCAUAUGAAAGGAGAACUUCGGUCUAGGGCCCCCACGGUUGCUCUAUGCUUUCCAAACCUUAUCUCCACAACCUCUUUCCCCCAAAACCCGGGAACCUCCCCAGCCUGCGCCUGCUGCAUGCCCUCUCAGGCCGGCAGCCCCAGCCUGCUAGCUAGCUCAACUAUUGGGGUUUCCUGACACUGGACCCCAGCAAGUGGUCCUAGAGGCCCUUUGCUGUCCCAUAGUCCCUGCCACGACUUUCUGUGCCCUCCUGACCCAUUGCUGUUGUCCAACUAUUUAUUGACUCUGGGUCCUUCCUGAAACUAUAUUUUGUCAUAUCAAAUAAAGACGAAGAGAGAACAGGACUACAGAUGCAGUGGCUCCUGUCUGUCUGGGGCAUGUAUUGGGUAAAAUUGUCUAAAUGGGCUGUGAGGUGUAGAAGGAGACCCACAAACUUUAAGCCUCCCCUUUAAAACAUUUUCUAGCUUCUAGGGGCAGUGAGUAGAGCAAGGUGAAAUUGAGUUCCUUUCCUGAUCCUUGGCUGCAACAAGAGCCUCUGGGGGAAGAGAAGGGCACCUAGGCCUCAGGUACUGGCUUUUCCCAUGCUGUGGCUGUCCAAGGCCUUCACACUUCUGCACUCCAUGAGGCCUCUGGACUGGCAGCAUCCCCCACUGUAUGCCAAAGCUCCGGUGCAGGAACCAGUGGCUCCGCCGUGCUCAGCCUCAGGCCCUUCUGGGCUUCUGAAGAUCUUUCCUGGGCCUAGGUGGUCCCUGAGAGGCCUUGCUGGACAUAGAGGGAGGGCUAAGCCCUCACUCUAGAGACACAUUUGGUCCCAGAAGGGCCUCUAGAGGGAGGUGGCAUUGCUUGGUAAAGGGGUGUUGGGAGAGUUGGAGGAGGUGUGCUUCAGUAUCUAAGAUACUGGGGAAGAGGGAGCAGGGAGGGCAAUCUGCAGCAUGUAUCAGCCUGGCAGGAAAUGUUCAGACUGUUUCCACCACCUUCUAGGGCCUAGGGCUAUGCAGGACAAUUAACUGGGAAAGGAGCUGCAUAGACCAAUGCUGGAGUCACGUCUGUUUGCCAUCAUUUAUCUCAGUCUCUGGGAUUUUGUGUGGAGGAGAGGAUGGGUUAAAGGUGGGGGUGGGAGGAGGCAGAUAAUUCAGGUAGUGUCUGAGGCUCAGGUCCUUCUCCAGGUUCCUGGGAUGGGCUGGGGGAGGAAGCACUUUACAGUAGAAACAAAUGUGGGAAGGGUCCAUAAAACUUUACUGCAUUUCCUCUCCCACCUCCCACAAGGGGGUGAUUUCCCCCCACACUAGGCCCCCCACACUGGUGGGGUGAGGGUCUGGAGCUGGGCUGCAGGAGCAAGCAAGAAGAAAGGGGAGCAGAGAGGCUCUGGGGAGGGGCAAGGGAAUAUUUAUGAUUAUUAAUGCUGAUGGUCCUUGGAUUUAUUAUAAGUACUAACGUACGCUGCAUCCCACUGCCUAAGCUACCCAUCAGUCAUUUUUUAAAAGACCCAAGAGCCUUUCCUCACCCCAUGCUUGGCACAUAGGCAGUCUCAACAAAUGUUUAUUGAACAGUGCCCACAACUGCCACCCUUCCCCUUCGCACUGCACUCAGGCCAGGUUAGGGCGCCUGUUGUCUCUCCUCAACUUGCACACAGCAGUCAACCCAGACCAGCUCUCUCUCUCUCUCUCUCUCUCUCUCUGAAAUAAAAUGUGUAAUUUUCUUCAGGGAGUUAUUUUAAUUUUUUCUCCAUGCUGAGUAAAACUAUUGGGCGAGCAGUGAAGCGUGGAGAAGCACUGGCGUCUCCGGUGGGUAACAGUUAACUAAAAAAGAGGCUGUGGUGCCCGCAUCCGCCCGCUCCAGCCUCCCAGGCUGCCCAGGCCCUGUGCUUCCUCCCCAGGGGACAGGUGUAACAGCCCGGGGGAAAACCAAGGGCUUUGCCAUGGAUGGGGGCAACGUUGGUUAGAGCUGCCAGGCAGGGCACACCAGCCCCACCGUGCACUGACUGCCUCCUCCCGGCAGGGUUUGGGCCUUUCCUUCCCUGGAGGAGCUGAAGGUCUGACUCAUUUUGGCCAGGCUUGGGUGGACACAGAGUGUCUGCCUGCUCUCCUCCUUCCUGUCACAAUCUGCAGGUCUGCCCAGGCCCCAGCCUCGGCUUCUGCGGCAUCGGCAUCAAGGGCGGCAACCAAGCCAGAGGCCUCGUACCUACUUCCCUACACUGGGGGUGUGUAAGGCCCAGAUCCCUGAUUUCUCCCUGAACAGGGGCUUCUGCUUUGGAACCUGCGGUAGUUUCCCCACCUGCCAGCCUCCUAGAACAUAUUUCCAGGUACCAGGGUCUGGCAUUGCUCUGGGGGAGUUCAUGGAGGGGGCUUCUGGGUUCCAAACAGAGACCAUGGAGCCUGCCUAUCCACUUUGCCCUGGAACCCACCCCCUCUGGCAGCGAGAAAGAAGGGGAAGAAGCAUGACUUACCUUCCCGGGGGAGUGGGAAGAGGGGGGACACGGCCCACUCUGAGCAAUUAGAGGAGAGAGGAGGAAAAAAUAAGAGGACAAAAAUAUCAACACGACCUCGAAGGCGACAGGUCCUUAUGGAAAUAAGUAAAUAAAUAAGGAUCUACCCUCUCCCCGCUCUCCACCCUGCAAGGGGGAUGUGGGGGUGGGGCAAAGGAACAGCACCAGGGCUUUUUAGUGUAACUGAGCAUUAGAGAAAUAGGCAUGGCUUCUAUGUGAAUUUAGGAGUUUGAAACUUUUGGAGGUUAUUUAUGUGAAUAGCCUGAAGGCAAGCCCGUGAGUGGCUCUUGGGGGACCACGUGAUAUCAUUAAACCAAGUUUUAUGGUGUAGGGAGAGCUGACAAACCCACAAUAUAUUUACAUCAUAUAUAAUCUUAACUGUCCAGCCACGCAGCUGCUGGUGAGGUUUAAUGCUAGGACAGAGGGCCUGGCAGUUAGAGGGGAUUACGGCGCUGGGGACGAUGGUGAGAGAGGUUACAUCUUCGCAAAUGAAUCCCAGGCGAACGCUCGGGGGCUCAACCCCCAGACCUCCAGAUAUGACGUCAGAAUCAUUUGCAUCCCGCUGCCUCUACCUGCCUGGUCCAGCUGGGACCCUGCCUCACCGGCCCCAUGGCCAGAGGGUUGGUCCUCAUUCAACUUCCUCUUCCUGCGAAAGAGGGGCGCUGCCCGGUGACCUACACAGACUGAGACACGAUCGCCAUGAAUGGAGACCUCUGGAAAAGCUCAAGAGCCGAGGCCCACGGGGCCCAGCAGAGGCCUGAGGGGAGACCCUGGGCGGGGGCUGAAUCACUGCCUCCCGACAGCCCCCCAAUGCCCGGGCUUUGGAGGGGAGCCGGGAGCUUCCCAUCUCCUUUUGCAGGGGAGCGUUGUCAGUCUGACGGGAUGUGCACUGGCGGCACCCCAACCCCUGCCAGCUAACCCCACAUCACCACCACCCACCCCCCAGCACCACCACCACUACACACACAAAAAAAUUGGAUACAUUUUGAAUAAAGCGAUUCGGUUCCUUA